CUCCGCCUUUUCUCGCGUGUCCUGCCCUCGGGACUGGCAGUGGGCCCUGGACUACCGGCGAGUGUGCGCCAGGGCUCCGGACACCGUCGGCGACUCACCGCGGUAGCAGCCUCGACGAGAACGGCUGCGGACCCGCCAGCGCCAUGCGCGCCCUCACUGGCCUUCAGUGUCCCCGGGCGCCCCGGCUGCACUUCCUCUUGUGCCUCCUCCUUGCAGCGCGCCCGAGCUUGGCGGACAGCCAGCCUACAGAUUCAACUUUUACAAGUUUACCUGUCAGAGAAGAAAUGAUGGCAAAGUACUCUAAUCUUUCCUUGGAGAGUCAUAACAUAUCACUGACUGAACAAUCCAGCAUGCUGAUGGAAAAAAAUAUCACUUUAGAAAGGCCUUGUAAUGUAGAGCUCACAUGCCAGUUCACAACAUCUGGGGAUGUAAAUUCAGUAAAUGUGACCUGGAGAAAAGGGAAUGAGUUACUUGAGGAUCAUCUCAUCAGUACCAGGGGAAACAUGCUGUCUACUCAGUACAUGUUCACCAUUGUUAACAGCAAACAAAUGGGAAGUUAUUCUUGUUUCUUUGAAGAUGAAAAGGUACAUAGGGGAACAUUUAAUAUCAAAGUCCCUGAACUUCAUAGAAAAAACAAGCCAUUGGUCACUUAUGUGGGGGAUUCUACCGUGUUGUCGUGUAAAUGUCAAGAUUGCUCUCCUUUGAACUGGAGCUGGUACAGCAGUAAUGGGAGCACACAGGUUCCUGUUGAUAUUCAAAUGAAUGAUAAGUAUAUGAUGAAUGGAACACACGCUAAUGAAACAAGGCUCAAGAUAAUGCAUCUUUCAGAAGAAGAUGGGGGAUCCUACUGGUGCCGGGCACAAUUCCACCUGGGCGAGAGUGAAGAACACAUUGAGCUUGUCGUGCUGAGCUUUUGGGUGCCUCUCAAACCAUUUCUUGCAAUAAUUGCUGAGGUUGUUCUUUUAGUGGCCAUUAUUCUGCUUUGUGAAGUGUACACACAAAAGAAAAGGAAGCAACCAGAUGAAGGGAAAGAAUUUGAACAAAUUGAACAGUUGAAAUUAGAUGAUAGCAAUGGUAUAGAAAAUAAUGCACCAAGGCACAGGAAAAGUGAAUCUGUGGGCCAGUGAAGGGGAAACAUCAUAUCAAGAAUCAUGGAAUGAUGUACCAUGUGCUUGUAUUUCACCUUGUUUGUCCUUCCUGUUUAAAGCAUCUGAGUUUUUAUUUUUAAAAGGAUGAAAAUUUAUGCAACAUAUACAACAGAUCAUAAAUAACAUAUGCUAUCUCUUGUCAAAAGACCUAUUUUCAUUCUGUAAUUGUUUUACAUUAGAGCAAAGUGAAUUGAAUUAAAUACAUUCUACAAACUAUCAUCCAGGAUAAUUAAUUUCAUCCUGGUCAUAGCGGGACACACAAAACAGACACCAGCAAAAUCAGCUAAUUGUCAUAUAACAAGAGUCACUCAAGACCUAUUUAUAACCAAAGAAUUAAUUAAAGAGAAAUUCUUUGUUAUUUCUCUUAAAACAUUUUUCCAAUCAUGCCUACUAUGUAUAGAUGUAUUUGUAACAGUUCUUCUGUAGUUUAUUCUUCUGUGAUAUUGAAAAAAAUAGUCUUCCUUAGGAAAUGUAUACUUUCUGCUUUUGCUUAUGGUGGUUACUCUUCAUUGUCUACAGAAUGACUCCUUAUCCAUAAACAUUGACCAUGACAAGGAAAUAAAACUACACACUUGCCCCAAAGCUCUGUCACUACAAAAGCAAAUCUCCAAUCUUUAUUCCACUCAUCUCCACUGCUUCCCUACGUGAAACUGAAGUGCUUCUUAAAGUCAAGCAUUUGUUUUUUAAGCCAUGAGUGUUGUACUUCUUAAGGUAGACCUGGUAUUGAUAUUUUAAGGUUUAAGUGCCAUGUAGUCAUAAUGAAACUGCUAUAUUGAUGCUUUUGUGGUUCAUGGUGUUUUACUAUCUUUUAUUUGAUGUCUGAUUUCCUGGUAUGCAACACUAUUUAAAUAGCUAAAAAUGAAUUAUUGGUGCUUUACAAUAAUAAUUAACUGGAAAUCCAGAAGUACUGAAGUUCUCCUUUUAUUUUGUUCUGAAUGCCUUAGGCUUACCUUAAAAACAUAGGAUAUUUAAUUUCUGUUGCAUGUAUAACUGAAAUCUUUUAUAAACACACUAUAACCAAAUCAAAUGAAAUUUAAUAGACUUGAAAAAUUGUCAGCUUUGAAUGAAAUAUUAAAAUCAUGCUUCAGGAUAUUAGGUUAGGCCUGAGAUCAUGAUAUGGCACUUGCUGGGUGCCUUGGUGUUUGGUGGGUCCAGUGUCCCGAUGUGCACAGGGUAGCAGCUUAAAGUAACGACAAUCAGAAGACUGUAGAGCAUAGAAUGGUGGUGAAGCAGCCACAGUUCUUAGUGACUAUGAGAUUAAAGCUUGAGGAAGAGGAAUUCAAUGAUUGAAAGGAAAAAAAAAAUUGUAUGUAAAUGUAUCCCAUGUAUUGGCUAAGAAAAUUAUAAGCCAGCGCUGUGGCUCACUUGGCUAAUCCUCUGCCUGUGGCGCCAGCACCCCAGUUCAAGUCCCGGUUGGGGCGCCAGAUUCUGUCCUGGUUGCUCCUCUUCCAGUCCAGUUUUCUGCUGUGGCCCAGGAGGGCGGUGGAGGAUGGCCCAAGUGCUUGGGCCCUGCACCCGCCAGGAGGAGGUGCCUGGCUCCUGGUUUGGAUGGGCCGCAGUGCGCCAGCCGCUGCGGCCUUUUCGGGGGUGAACCAAUGGAAGGAAGACCUUUCUCUCUGUCACUCUCUAACUGUAUAACUCUGCCUGUCAAAAAAAAUUAUAAUAAAGUCCAAUAGUAAAAAUUAUAUAACCUCUUAAGUGAUGAUUACAUUACUGCUAAUAUGAAUAAUACACAUAGGUGGUGACUUGGAGCUACCCAUUAUUUUGUUGCUUAAAAAAUGUAGUAUUUUGUUGUAAAGUAUGUUAAUUACAUAUAUGUUUUAAAGAUUUAUUUUAUUUAUUUGAAGGGUGGAUUAACAAAAAGAAGGGGAGAGAGAGAGAGAGAGACAAAAGGAUCUUCCAUCCCCUGGUUUACUCCACAAAUGACUGCAAUGACCCAGGGCUGGGCCAGGUCAAAGGCAGGAGCCUGGGGCUUCAUCCAGUUCUCCCACAUGGGUGGCAGUGUGCAAGUACUUGAGCCCUUUCUGCUUUGCUUUCCCAGGGCAUUAGCAGAGAGACGGAUCCGAAGCAAACAGGCGGGGACAUGAAUGAAUGCUCCAAUAUAAGACAUAUCUGAGUUUUAUUUCUCUUUUUAAAAUUUUUAAAUAUUUAGUUAGUUUAUAACAAUUCGAUAUAGUUUGUGGAUACAGUUCUAAGAAGAAUAUAAUGAUAUUCUCUUCCUCCUCCCUCUCUCCCCCUCUUUUUGUUUCUACCUUCCUUGGCUUGCCUUUCUUUUUAUACUGUUUUGAGAUAACAUUUUAAACUUGCAUUGGAGUAAAGUGCUUAGCAUACAUGAGUUUAUUCUUCGCCCUCAGUGCUAUGACUUUAUUGUGGUUUAAUUCAUGUUAGCUUAACAAAAUUACCUGGAGUGAUACCUACAUGGUAGUUUACAACCAGUUAGCUUAAUUAAUCUAAGCAUGUUAAAUUCACUGAAAAAUUAGUCAAACCUACUCUUUGACUAAGAUACAAAACCAUAACCAAUAUGCAGCUCAUUUGCAGAAUGCAUCCUUGCAUUUUGCUGCCAUGGUUGUUUAGGCUAAAACAGUUUUAAAGCAAGAAAAAUUGGUGCCCAAAGGUAAAAUAAUCUGAAAUAUUUAUGUAGUAAAUUGAAAUUGUAAGUGACACUGCUUGCUAUUUACUUUUUUUUUCCUAGCAAAAACAAUUUAUCUAAGAAACUUUAAGCAGAAAAAAAUUCUCAAAAAUUAAGAUGAAUUUUGGCUUUAAGGAAUCUCCUUGGAAGACUUCUAAAAAAUUAUUUCACCACUGUUAGGCUAAAAUGAAAUGCUUCCCUUAAAUAAACUCAUGGAGACGGUGAAUGGAAUAACUAAUAACUACCAGUUGUGGAUCAACUGCAGAUUCUAAGCAGCAGGAAAGCUGAACGAGGAAAACGACUCCAAGUUUAUGUAUUACACAUCUCAGGAAAUCCUGUUAAUCUUUCCAGCCAGUGGUUUUCUCAGCAUACUAAGUAGAUUUCAUGAUGUUCUUUGUGUAAUAAAUCUUUUUAAAAAGUCAUAUGAUUCCCAGAUACUUUCAGAUUCAGUGUAUACUAAAACGUAAAUCAUCUCCCUUUGCGAUCUUUGUUUUCCCCCAGCACCUAGUUACUCAGGCCCACACCUAGAUCUCACUGUGGUAUUUUCUUCUCCUUCAUUUGCUGUGCCUUAUUGGUCAUGAAUGCCUGUUCCCUUGACUUUAACGGCUCAUGACGUCAUUCUGUUGCCUCCCCACUGCAUCCCAGCCCGCUGAACAGCUAAUGCCUUGAUUUUCCUACCUCUGUGUGCUUUCCUGUCAGUCUAUCUUGUGCAUUGCUGUCAGAGUGCUCUUCUAAAACACAGACCUUGCUAUGUAACUUAACGCAGCAGGUUCUGUGCCAAGCCUCUGUGGGCUGGCCUUUGCUCUUGCGUAAUGUUGCAGUCCUUCCAUUCACUGUCUCUCCCAAGUGUCUUAAAGUAGCCUUGCACUUAGAGAUUUGGCUUAGAAUGCUUCCCAACUUGACUGACUCAAGGUUGCUUAAUCUGAUGUCACAUUUUGGAGGCUCCCUUAUACACAGUGUGAUAUGUACCAUCAUAUGCACCCAACUAACUUUCUGUGUAUUUGUGUUUAUUAUCCACUAGCUAAAUAUAUUUGUGGGUCUUUUUUCUUGAAUUGUGCCUUUUAUUUCCAUGUAUUGUACCCACCACGGUGAGGAUGUAUUAGAGAUAUCAUGAAAUGCAUGAAUGAAUGAAGGCAUACAUGAAACUCAAGUUGCACAGAUUUAUGCUUAUUUUUAGAGAUAGUCUAGUGUGUUGCUUUCAACUUAAUUAAAUUCUUUUAAUCCUCCAUGCUUCAUGGAGGAUAAAAAUAUAAACCUUAUUUUUCAUUCUGUUUCUUGCAACAUGAUUCUUUGACCUUAUAUAUAAGAAAUUUUAGAUAAUUGUAUUGUGCCCACCCAAUAUACCUUUUCAUUCCACUUCUCUUCCAGGAUUUUAUGAAACCUUACAAUAUAUUGAAUACAAUUCAAAAUGUAGUCUUUAACAAUUUUUAAAGGUUUCAUUGUUUAGUUUUAAUUAUGGAAAGCACAUCUCUCAUCAAAUUCAUCACAAGAAAAAGCUAUCAGUUCUGUUUCCUUGUUCGCUAGGUAGACUUUGAGGAACUUAAGUAGGUUUAUACAAAAUGAUUUACUGAAUAUAUACUAUACUUCUUAAUAGAAAAAUGAAUCUUCUACGGUUGAAAAAAAAUCCAUGCAAAGAAUUAGAGACUUACUUCCUAUUAACAUUGUUCAUCUUUAGGUGGAAAAAAGUUCAAGUAUUUUUCCAGUAUUGACUAAAAGGCAUAGUUACCUAUUCAUAGCAUGCUCUGAAUAAGUAUUUAUUAAAGGAAAGCAAAGGAGAGGGAUGGCUUCCAUUGUUUUAUAAUCUUAAAUUGUGCGUAUUUAAAUACUGCUUGCUUUGGUUUUGAUUAAUACACCAUUAAUUUAUCCUACUUUGAUAUAGAGAAAAAGAAAAUGGAACUAUGGGCAAUUCUUUCAUGUGGGAUUUAGGAAUAUAUUUACACUGUAUCUAGAAGGGCCAGUGCAUGCCCUUUUUACCAAGUGAGUUUUUCAUUAAGAAUGUAUCAUUCUAUUCAAUAAUAAUAGUUGACAUUUGUUGACUGCAUAGUGUGGGGCAAAUUGCUUUGAAAUGUUUUAUCUCAUUUAAUCCCACAUCCUGCUAUACUAUAACAAUAUUUAUUAUCUAAUUUUUUGAAUAGAUAAGGAAACAAGUGUAGAGAGAUUAAGCAAAUUAUCUGAAGCCACCCUACCUGCAAGUGUUAAGAACUGGGAUUGAAAUACAAGGAAUUUGCCUCAAGACCCAAGGUUUAACUUCCAUUUUGAACUAUUUUCUUCUGCCAGAUACACUCUUUAUAGAAAACGAAGCUAUUAGCUAUCACUCAUAAUUUUUUAUAAAAGAAAUUUCUCUAUUUUAGCAGGCAGUUGUAACUUAAUUUCUAUAUUCCUACUCUCAAGGUUUAGGGGACACAUGCUUUGUCAGCUUGUGUCCCUGUAGUGGUGCUUUGGAAUCUGCACGAUUUAAUUUGUUUUAGGAAACUUUUGUUCUUUGGCUAAUUGUAUUUAUCAGUAGUGAGGGUGACCGUAAAAUUUAUCAGCUGAACACUGAAAAUGAAAGAAGGUGCUAUUUUUAAUUCCUGUAGGACAGCAGGCAGAGACCAGACCCUGUGGUCAUAUGUUUAACCUGCAGAGAGGAACUAAGUGCUUUAUAGAUGUUUGACCCAACACAGAGCAGGAACAUCCACAUUGACUUUGAAAGAUAAACAGAAAUUAAUUUUCAGGGAAAUAGCUGUUUUUAGAUUAUGCAGGGAAUUUCCCUUUAUUUAGUAAAUUCCAGGUGAGUCUCCCUCCAGCAAAAUGCCCAAAAUGAGGUAAUUUAGUAAGCUUAAAGUUUUAUUACUUUCCAAAAGUAUCUAACAAGAUUAAGAUUUAUUGGCAUUCAGAAGUAUGAUUCACAAGUUACAAGAGAAGCUAGCCAAGAAAGUCAUGUUUUUGCUGGCUUAUGGAGAGAACAUCACUAUUCUUUUGACUUGCAUAUCUUCUAAUAACUACUAAUAAUGCCUUUGUGAUUGUCAAUAAGACAUACCUCAUUAUGCAUUUGUAAUAAAAUUUGCUUAUGACAUCAGUGAGAAUCACCCAUGUAUACAUUCUAAAGUUACUUUUAAUCCCAUGGUUAACCUUCAUUAUCCCAAAGGGAAAAAGCUAGGGACACUUGUUUAAGAUAUUGGUUAAAAUCUAUAUUUUAUUUUUGUGUACAUCUGUUUUAAAAGUUUGUUUAUAAAAAUUAAUUUUGUUAUAUAAUUUCUGAUUUAUCUCAAAAUAAUUAGCACAAGUUCUUAUUUUUCUAAAGUUUGAUAAAAAUGAAAAUAUUAGAUUUAUUUUGUAAUUAGCUCUAAUGCUACUUAAUGUCACAAAAGAAUAGUACAAAAUGUGAUUAUAUUAACUAUUUUGUACCUUUUAAGACAGAAAUUUGACCAUUUAGAUUUAUUUAAAUUAAGCAUCAUGGAUUUCUUAUGACACAAUUCUUAAAAAAUGUAAUGUUCUUUUUUUUUUAGCAUGCAUAUGUAAAUUCUCAUCAGAAUGAAAUGCCUUUCUGUAUUGUAUAAAUAGUUCAGAAAAUGUCUCCAUAGGAAUGUUUUAAAAAUGCUUUUGUCACAUAUAACUCACAGAAUAUAUGUAAUAUGCAAUUAUAUUCAAUAAAAUGUACUUUGUGAAUUAAAA